AUGUCGACCUCCCAGACACGCCCCGCAACUCCGCCCUCUGAGUACGGGCCCUCACUCACUCCACCCACACUCGAAGAAAUUAAUCUCUGUCAUGUGUCCGUAGACGUAGAACCAAGCGAGAAUAAUAAUGGCUCUUCUCCACCAGCCGCAGAAGCGGUAGUAACAGAAGAAGCAAGGGACGACAGUAAUAGUCAAGCUUCCGAUCAGAUUGACACAUGUGGCCUCAUAAUCAUUUAUUUGGGCCUUAUUGUGUAUGCUAUGUUCAUGGCAGCUAUAAUAGUAAUAUUGAUUCGACUGACAAAAUAUUCCUAUGACUACGACAGCAGGCGUGCGGCUUUAGUUAUUUGGUGUAUAGUAGAGUUCGCGUGGCGCCUUUCGGCCGUGUAUAUUACAGCCAAAAACUAUUCUGCAACAUAUACAAUAUUCAACUCGCUGGGAAUCUUUUUAGGAAGAGAAUAUUACGUCACAUUGAUCAAUUCAAUUUGGCCAGAUGCCGACCCAUUUGACGCGAGUGUAGAUCAACCGGGUCUCAGGAUCGAUAUCGAAUGGACGCUUCAAGGCACAUUUUAUGCAAUGUUUAAUUUGAUAUUUGGCAUUUGGUUUUGGGUUGUGACCUUGCAUGCGGUAAAUCAUAGUUCAAAGUCAGACGACUAUGAAAAAUCGUUGGCUGCAGGUGGUCUCGUCUCGUGUCUGGGUUUCACUAAUCUUGACAAAAACAGCGGGCUUGGUGCUCUCAAUACCUACUUGGAAGAUAAAUCAUAUAUUUCUGGUUAUGAGCCAACUCAAGCCGACAUUUCAGUCUUCACCGACGUAGGAAAAGCUCCAGACAGCACCAAAUUUCCUCACGCAGCACGUUGGUAUGCUCACAUAUCAUCCUACUCACCACUUCCCAAAGGCGAAAUCCCUAGCAAAAUCCCUACUAGCGAUGAACCAGAAGAAGAAGAUGACGAUGACGUAGAUCUUUUUGGAUCCGAUGAAGAAGAAGACGCCGAGGCCGAAAAAUUGAAAGCACAGAGAUUGGCCGAGUAUCAAGCAAAAAAGGCCGCAAAACCCAAAGUUAUUGCCAAGAGUGUGGUUACAUUGGAUGUUAAGCCGUGGGAUGAUACAACGGAUAUGAAAGAGUUGGAGGCAUUAGUCAAAGGCGUCGAAAUGGAUGGUUUGGUUUGGGGAACAUCGAAACUAAUGCCUGUGGGAUAUGGUAUAAAUAAGUUGCAGAUCAACUGUGUUAUAGAAGACGAUAAAGUUGGCGUUGAUGAUCUGGAUGAGAAAAUUACUGCGUUUGAAGACCACGUGCAGAGUGUUGAUGUAGCUGCAUUCCAAAAGUUGUAA